AUGUCAAUGACAUACACCAUUACUUUCCAAAACGACCAUGGAAAUGACGGUCACUACGCAGUUUUUUUAGACCCUCCCAAGGUUGCUGGGCCUUUCAUCACUCCUGAGGUAUUUACCAAUGCAUGGAUAUCAACGUUUGUACGAGAUGGCGGCAGAUACGACAUUAGGACGACGGACGAGACAUUUGCAUGGUGCGGAGAAGCUCCAGAGCGGCCAUCUGUUGGCGUGACUGUUCGUGGCGGAGUCAGUCAACCAGCUCCACUUGGAUAUGAGAAAUAUGGAAAAACUACACCCGGCAGCACUUUCGAGAUGAUCGUGGACAGGGGUGUGCCAGACUUAAUGCCAAUCCCUAGCUCCGCCAGAGUGGCUGCAUACAAGAUCGACACAGGAAAUAGCCUUCCAGAUCUAAACGACAGACAUCUCUUCGGCCUCGGCAAGAUCGAUGGCAAUGGCUUGGUCACACCAGUUGCCUCGGCAUUGGCCACUAACAAUACGUCGAUUUGUUUGACGCCGAGCAUGAAAUUCUACAUCAGCCAGAGCAAUGCCGAGGCUGGAGAGAUUGUCGACUUCUCGUCUGUUCUGAAAGAGGCUGGCGUGAUUGACUUUAGCUCCGGGCCAGGUGCGGGCAAACACGGUGCAGCCAUUAUUCAUAGGGACAAUGGCACUUUUGAUGUCACGUAUCACGACGACUACUAG